AUGGCUUCUCGCAAUUAUGCGCAGGUCGCCCCAACCGCCGCCACCAUCGCCCUCAAUGCCUACAUCUUUGGAUACGGUGGCCACUCGUUGGUCACUCCUCAUGCCGCAUUGAAACGACUCUGGUGGACCGACGAACGCAUCGAAGCCAAAGUCACCCGCGCUUUCGUCGUCUCCAAGCUGCGCGGUGAGGAGAGGGAGUUCCUCGACCGACCCCUCGGAUUCGGAGACCUCACCGACGACACCUACAUGGAAUGGAUCCUCGACCGUGCCAAGCGCCUCUUCCUCAUCCUGACCGAGGUCGGCGUUCCCGAUCAGAUCUUUGGAUGCAUAGACGACUCGUGGGAUGAUGAGGACCUGCCCAUCCCGUUGGAGAACGUCAAGAGUCUGGAACUGUCCUACGACAAUGACGAAGCACUGAACAAGAGGUUCUACGACAUGCAGUUUGUUUACCUGCUCCGCGAGUUGAAGCAGGGAUCCCACAUCGACUAUGGCCCCAAUGAGCACAUCCCCAUGGAGCAUGUCAACACGGUCCCUCCGGCCGUCUGCCUGCAACCCUACGAUCGCGUCCACUUCCCCGGCCGACAGGACGACGUCUUCAUGCGCCGGAAAUACCCCAUGAUCGAUCGAGACACGGGCCAGUCGUACGCGGAAGCAUUUGCAAGCGACGUCCGCCGAGCGAAAGCCCUACCGCAUCCACACAUCGCCUCGACGUGGGCGUCAUAUACCACCGAAGGCGCCGGCUUCAUUCUGUCGGAAUUCGUACCGGAGCAUACCCUCGGUACCUUCAUCGACCACCGGAAACCCAUGCAGCUCCUGCGCGUUGCUGCUUCCGAGAGACCCAUCCUUCUCGUAGAGUGGAUGCACUGUCUUGCCGACGCCGUGGCAUCGCUACAUCACCGCGGCCUUGCUCACACGCAGAUCCGCCCCUCCAACAUCUGGAUCGACAAGCAGAAUCGAAUCGCUUUUGCAGAUAUCGGUUCUCUCCCCACAUUCCAGAGGAACAAGAAGGGACCCAAGACGGAAGCAUACGACUACGCGGCACCCGAGCAGCACAUCACCAAGACCCAAAUGAGCCUCAAAUCCACCACUCCCCCCAUCAGCAGCAUGAACGCUCUCAGCAAACUCCGCAAAAUGAGCACCAAUUCCAUAUCCGACUCCAGCAGUGCCACCAGUGCAUCUUCCAACGGGAGCAGUACGCGCAGCAACAGCUUUUGCAACAACAGCCCCAUCACACCUUCCUCGCUAACUAACGGCCGCUCCAACAGCCUUUCAACCAUCCGCACUGCAUUCUCUCCCACAACAAUGGGCAGCAGCGCGAGUCGAUCUCCCACCCGCGUUCGCAACUUCAGCCGCCAUCUCCCCAUCUCCCAUUGCCCUUCACCAACCAUCCACACGGCUCCUCUCCCUACUGGAACGUUUAAUAGCAUGAUGAGCAACACUCUCCUCGGCCUCGGACCGCGACCGAGUUAUAUCGAUCCCGCGACGCUGCUCGACCUCCCCGUCAGCACGCCACAACAAUCCGACAUGUUCAGCCUGGCCUGCUGCUUCCUCGACCUCAUCACGUUCCUCCUCCGCGGCAAAAUCACCGACUUUAUCAAAUUCCGGCAAAAUCCCACCACAAAAGCAAAAUCUUUCCACUCCGAGCCAGACCGAAUCGCCGCAUGGAUCGGCGUGCUCGAAGAGGAUUCCUAUCGCCAUCCGGAACAAAUCUUCCGCGGAAUCCCGGAACUCCUCAGACUCGUACGAUUGAUGAUGGCGCAGAACGGGACCCUCCGUCCGACUGCCUUGGAGGUCCGAGACCGCAUACAGGAUAUUCUGGUCGGAGAAUGCGGUAUCGAAGCCAUCUGCUGUGCGGGGAGAGAAUGGGCCGAGACUCCCAAGGACGAUACACUCUCCACCACCACCACCACCACCACCACCACCACCGCCUCUACAUCUCCCUUCCGCCGCAAGCCCGACCGUGACAACAGCAUCGACGAUUUCGGCAUGGCGACCGGCAUGCUCGGCCUCCCACCGCGAAUCGGAGGAGGCGAUGGGACUCGCUGCGCGAGCCCUCUGCGCCAUUCCGUCGAAUGUUUUGACAUGGAAGCGUCGCCCGCGGCCAUGGGAGGGCCCGUGCGAAGGCCGCCCAUGAGGGCACCCUUUGCGGCGGCCGAGCACCUGCCCGUCUUGACGCGAACGGAAUCCCAAGCCACCACGGAUGGUUCCAUCACAGCUACUACUACUGCUACUACUACUGCUACUGCAAGGAGACGGAAUUCGGCCACCAGUUCGGCCACGGCCACAUGGAGUUCAUGGCGGAAUAGGUUCUUACGGUCGGCAUGA